CAGAUGCUAGCAAAACACUGUUUACAGAAAAAAGUGGCGCUCUGUGUUAAUUCUAUUGAAAUAAAUUAAUUUUUUGUGUUUUCUGUUACUAAAAAAUUAGCCAAAAUUGCGUCCGAAGGGUCAGAACAGCAACACAAAAUGGAUAGGCGAAAGAAACGCACAUCCACUAGUCAAUAUAUGAUGUACUUGGAUAUGAUGGAAAAGGACUCCAUUUUUGCUACAGGACGCAUUCCACGCGAUGUAGAAAGUAAUUAUUUGCAAAAAAAAUGGAAAGAACUUUCUGAUAAACUAAAUACAUGCAAUAGUGGACCAACGUUAACAGCAGAAGAAUGGCGCAAGCGCUUAAACGAUUGGAAGAACACAACCCGUUGUAAAUACAGAAGAAGUAUUUCUGGCGAAAAGGAUAUCUCACUAACAUCCCUUGAAUUAAAGGCACUCGAUCUCUUUGGUAAAGUACCAAAUACAACUGCUGAUCCAGUUAGCAUUACUCUUAAAUCGGAAAAAGAAGAUGCUGAAGAAGAAGAAGUAGAAUAUCAGCGUACAUCAGAAUCGCUGCAGAAAGAAUUACAGGCUGCCGUUGAAGAAGCUAUAUGUGGUGAUGACGAUGAGGAUGGUAUGCACGACGAAUCCGAUGAGCAAGAAAUUACAAGUAAUGUUCAGACAACAAGUGGUAACACUGCGAGUGUAGCUAAUGUUGGGACAACGACAACUUAUCGAACAAUUGUUGUAGAGAAUGCACAAUUUACAGAUGAUGAACAGAAUCAAGAUCAUUUGGAAUUCAUAACGCAACGUCGCCACACAUUGGGACCAUCAUCACAAUCCACUAAUGCUAUUGCAACCGCCGUGCAAACGAUGGUGACAGCAGCUCCGCCACAUCCAACCACAGUGACAAAACUUAUUAAUGGUGAAAUGCCAUUAAAAAGAUUACGUACGCAACCACCCACCGAACAAGUCGUUUACGAAGUUAAAAAGGCACCAAUGUCGCACCAACACCAACAACCACGCACCAUAACCAUACACAACACGGCCGUGCCCCAUGCGGAUUUGAAUAGUAACAGUGCCAGCCAUGUUUUGGGCGUAAGCAGUGUACCAAUAAAUGAUGCGCGUGAAAUAGCACGCCAGUUGAAACGUUUAGCCGAUAUUAAAGCCGAGAAGCUGAAAUUCGAAAUAGCACGUUUUAAAUUUAACAAUCCCGGUUUUGUUUAUCAUUCGCCGACAUUAUAGUAUAUUUACUAUAAUCUAAAAAAAGUUUAAGUUGACAACGGGAACGCGAAAGAUUCUUCACAAAAUUUUGUUUUAAAAAAUUUUUCUAAUUAGUUAUAAAUCGGCCCAACAUUUAUAUAUAUAUAUAUUUAUAUUUAUAUAUAUAUAUAUCAUACUAAACGACUAGUAGUUCUAAUGCUUUACAUCUAACCUGAAUAUAAUUAUUUUAUUCCAAUCAUUCUAAAACAUUUUGUAUUUAUGAUUUAUUAAUAUUUUUAAGCUAAAAUUAAGUCUCAAAGAUAAAAAGCGAUAUCAACGCUGGUUGGGAAAAUUUAUAAUACACCGAAAGGAUAUCGUAUUCAAUAAAACAAAACACCUGUAACACAUAUUGAGAGUAUCGCUAUAAAAUCCAUAGUCCUUUUUGAAGUGGAUACUUGGCUUGAUUCAAAAAUAGUUGCGACAUUUUUAUUUAUAUGAUUUAUAUUAAGAAAAUUACACAAAAAAUAACUAAGCAAAGUCAUACACUGAGUCUCCUUAGAAUCGUAUGCAUAAUUAGUAUAUAUUUGGAGUUGAAGUCAACGUAUGUGGAAACUUUCAAUUAAAAAAUACAUAAU